AAAAACAGCUAAAAACGACCAGAGUCAGAUGGUGUCAGAUAUGGUGUCGAUCCAAAAAUGAUCUACAAAAUGCUCUGUACUCCUUGCAAGGCUUGAUAUCAAUAUAAAACCUAAACUAAACUUUAGAUAGGAGAAAGUUCUUCACAAUUAAAGGGUUUCGAAUCAGGGGAUCUAAACAUCACAUCAAAGAAAAUAAACAGCGGUUUUAGAUUUAUGGAUGAAUGGGUUAUCUACUAUCACAGGAAUCUCGUGCCACAAAUAUCUUAGUAACACUCCCAUAUAUCAGUUUAUAUUGGGAAAAAAGCGAGGAUUUGUUGUGAUAUUGUCACAGUUCCUGGAUUAAUGCCACGUACAGCUAGAAUGAUCUUUUGUCUCCAUGCCACGCUGCACCUGAUAGACGCUGUGUUUACAGUUUAGUCACUGUAGUACUGUAGUACUGAAGCGGUUCUUAAAUAUAUUCAAGACCAAAAAAAUUGGAAAGGCGAAAAAACUUCUUCUUUGAAAACUCGACAAAACUUAAACUUAGAAUUAAUCUUUAAAGCUGUAAGGACAAAAAGAGGCGAGCUGGGAUGGCUAGAGCCACUAAACGCGAUGGAGAGAUCAUGGUAUCGCUAGUAGCAGAAGGAGAAAGCACGAGACCUGAUGGCAAGGUAGAACAAAAAGUAGUCGUUCAAGAAGACGAGCGAGAAGGAUGGGGAAAUAAGAUCGAAUAUCUGUUGGCUACGAUUGGAUUCGCUGUUGGCUUUGGAAACGUAUGGCGGUUCCCGUAUCUGUGUCAGCAAAAUGGCGGAGGUGCAUUCUUGAUCCCGUACGCAGUAAGUCUUGUAGUGAUGGGGAUCCCAUUGUUCUUUCUGGAGCUUGCUAUUGGUCAGAGUAUUCGCAAAGGAUCUAUUGGUGUGUGGAACCACAUCCAUCCCUACCUGGGAGGGGUGGGGAUCGCAUCUGUGGUCCUGUCUUUACUCAUUAGCACAUACUACAAUGUUCUACUGGGAUGGUGUUUCUACUACAUGUUCGCUUCGUUCCAAAGUCCACUUCCUUAUUCUUCUUGUCCACAGACUAAUGGCACAGUGCUCCCUGAAUGUCACGUGGCCGGUAGAACCCAGUACUACUGGUACAACAAGGCGAUCAGUGUAUCAUCAUCCAUCGAGGAAGGUGGUGGCUUGCAAUGGCACCUUUGUCUUUGUCUUCUUCUCGCCUGGAUUCUUGUCUUCUUCUGCAUCAUGAAGGGAGUCAAAUCUGGAGGGAAGGCUGUCUACUUCACGGCUACCAUGCCAUACAUCGUACUCACAAUCUUCCUUGUCCGCGGGCUCACGCUGGACGGCUCGGUCGAUGGAAUCAAGUACAUGUUCACACCAAAGUUUGACAAGAUUCUCAAUCCUGUCGUGUGGUUACAAGCUGCUACACAGAUCUUCUUCUCGCUUGGUGUUGGUUAUGGUGGUCUGAUCGCCAUGUCCAGCUACAAUCCCAUCCACAAUAACUGCAAAAGAGAUGCCAUUGCUGUCUCACUAGCUAAUGGUGCCACCUCUCUUUAUGCCACCAUCAUCAUCUUUUCUGUUCUUGGAUUUAAGGCUCAUCGUUCAUACGAGGAGUGUCUUGACAUGUAUGGUGGAGUAAACAACACCAAUCUGCCAUUCAACAUGACAGUAACAGACAAGUGUCACAACCUUGAAAACUGGUUGUCACAGGCAGCCCAAGGACCAGGUUUAACAUUUGUUGCAUUUACUGAAGCCAUCGUCAAGAUGCCCAUCUCUCCAUUGUGGGCUGUGUUGUUCUUCGCUAUGCUUAUCACCCUGGGUCUCAGCAGUCAAUAUGGGAUAUUAGAGGGUGUUAUCACUCCUAUCUACGAGAGCAAGCUGGUUCCCAUCAGAAAGGAGAUCUUGUCAGGUUGUUUGUGUGUGGCUUCAUUUCUUGUUGGCCUGCUGUUUUGCCAAAAGUCUGGCGAGUACUGGCUGCAAGUAUUUGAUUCUUUCUCUGGUCCUCUACCACUGCUAGUUGUGGGUUUCUUUGAGUUGAUUGGAGUCUGUUAUGUCUAUGGAUUAAAAAGAUUUGAGAGUGACAUACAGUACAUGACGGGUGCACGUCCAGGAUGGUAUUGGAGGGUUACAUGGCCUUUCCUGGCACCUAUUGUAGUCGCUGUCAUUAUCAUUACUAGCAUUUAUAAUCUGGUGACUAAACCUAUUACUUACUCAGUAUGGAACCCUGCAAAGGCCAAAGUAGAACCCAUGUCCUACCCGCCCUGGGGAUACGUUGUCAUUUCAUUCCUGAUUGGUUCGUCAUGUAUCUUCAUACCCCUGAUUUUCCUACUGCGGGUCAGUGGUGUUCUAAAAGGCAAGGGACGAUCUUCCCAGAAAUCUGUACGCAAAGAGCAGUUUGAAUUGGCAGAGACUGAGAAAUCACUGACUGGAAAUGACGAAAAGGAAAGCUAUUGAUAAAAAAUAUUUCUACAGUCAGAAAACAUUCGCAUACACAUUAAAGAUAACAUAUCAGUCAGAGGAUAUGAGGAAUAGACAAUAGUAGACCUAGCUCCUCACAGUAUUCUAUCAAUACAUCUGGACCAAGCCAAACUGAAUGGGAAACUGAAAAACGAGUAGGCAUUGCAGUACUUUUUGGGGCUGUUGUAGGGGACAAUACAGUUGCAAUCUUGCCAUUGUCCCCUAAAAUGACCCCAGUGAGUGACAAUGCACUGCAGUCCAAAUUGACCCAGUUUUUCCACAACCUCAGAAUGGCUAAUAUUCAUCCAUCCAAUAAAACAUAUCAAUCAACAUUGUGCUGGUACAAGCAAAUAAAAAGGAAAACUUAAACACCAAGUAAACAUGUUUUAGAUGUUAGUCCUUGGCUGGAGUAAAAGCCACUAAUAGAGUAAAAUGCUAUAAUAUUUGUAUAGUUAGCAAUGCUAAAAAAGAAACAGUUAAAUCUCAAUACUUCAAUUUCAAAAUUUGAGGUCAGUGUGUGAGGUUAAAUGGGCCAAGCCCUACUACAGGUUAGGGAUUCAAAAUCUUCACAGUAGUGGUUAAAGAGAAUCUUUAGUUUGGCUAUAUAAAUGUGAAUACAAGUUUAACAAGCUGUAUGGUGAUGAACACGAUACAAUAACAUACACAUUUCUAGUUUUCUAUUUAACAAUACAGAGGAAUGUUACCACAAGAUAACAUGCACUAGAAUGUGUUAUGAGUAUUGUAUCUGGUUCUCUACCACGUCAGAUUUACCUUUAAAACUACAAGAAAUUGUUACCUUAACAUGCUCGUAAAAAUAUAUACAUUAACAAUAUCUUAGUGAUGAUACAAUACACUAUUUUUUAUCUAUAUUUAAAGAAUAAACCCAAACAUACCAGGUGCAAUCAAGACUGCUCCUAUAUGCACUAUGGACCAAGUUUUGUUGUCCUAAUAAAUGAUAGAACUUGUUUUAUGCCCCAAUA